AUGGCUAUAGGAGAGGGCCCGGGCCCUCUCAAACUUGCCAUCGUGCUCGCCGUCGCCUCUGUUGCAGCUCUUACCUUGACUGUGGGAUGGAGGGGAGGAGGGGGCAGCACCAGGACGGCCCUGUUCCAGCGACCCCCCUCGUUCCUCGAAGACCGUAGGUACCUCGCGCCUCCCGGUGGAUACGUCUAUCGGCGAGAGCUGCCCCCUUCGUCCUGGCCGGAGAACUUCGACGGCAGAAACUUCGUCAUGAUCGACCGGGAGGAGCCAGCGAUGGACGCGGAGUUCUGGCAAGCUGUGGCAGCGAACACUCCUGUAGAGGACUACGACUCCAUGGAUGAUCUGUCUGAGCCGUCGGAGGAGCCCACCAGCUGGAACACCAACGUGUGGUGCCCUUACGCUAUCUGCGACUACACCUCCGAGUCCCCCGAGGACUUUGAGAUCGCCGAGUACUCGCCUGCCGUCCCGUGGAUGCAAUGA